CCCAUGUCUGUGCUGCUCCUGCUGUGGUGUACAGACCCAGCUGAGCACAUUUCACUGUUAAUGACACUGUUAUAUGGCGGAGCGGCCCUUCAUAGGGGCGGGUGGGAUACGGCUCAGUCACGGAGCGCACGAUGGACCGAAUCGAUCGAGAUUAUCGGUGAACGAUGAUCAAAGCUGCCGUCAGCUCCAGGACGAGGAAACGCAGACGAAGAAAACAGAGAAUGGAAAAAUAAAUGGAUUUGUAGUUGAGGGAGAGGAGACUCCCACUUCCCUUGACCUAGACAGCUCUCUGCACUCAGUGAGCCAAAAUGGUGACAAACUCCUACUAGAAUCCAACUUGAAACCAAAACCCUCUGGACAGCCCCCACACACUGGCCUGAAGGGGGAAAGGAAAGGCAAUAACACUAGUAGAAACAGUAUGGACUGCAAAAAUGACAAGCCCUCAGAGUUGACCACACAUGAGGGCAAAAAAGAGGCCCUGGCACCUCUAAAUGGCUUGGUGACUCUAAACUGUGGGCUACUCACCAAUGGUUUUCCCAGCAAGUCUGGCACGGACAACGAUGGCAGCGGCUCAGAAAGUGGUUACACCACACCGAAGAAGCGCAGAGCCCAGAGAAACGGUAAAUCUUUGGACAAUGUAACUGCUUCAAGCCAGUUCAAGGCCAUGCAGCAGGCCAGUAAGCAAGAACCAGGGUCAGCCAAUCUAGAACUGUCGGACAGAACCUCAGCGGUGCAGUUGGAAAUCAGCCGAGCCUCCUCAAAGACUGACAGCCAUUCCAGUGGAUUGACAAAAACUAGAGAGGCAACCACUACCCCACCUGUGCUACCGGCAUCUGAGGUUUAUCGGAAAAAUUCUGGGAAAAAAUUUGAGGAUAAAUCCACUAAAACGAAAGUGACCGCAUCAGCUAAAGAGGACUCAUGGACUCUGUUCAAGCCACCACCUGUCUUUCCUGUGGAUAACAGUAGCGCGAAGAUAGUGCCUAAGAUCAGUUAUGCAAGCAAAGUAAAGGAGAACCUCAAUAAGGCAGCCCAGACUGGCACAGAGAUUCCUGCCCCUUCUCCGCAGGUACAUGGGAGGCCAUCGCAGGUGCCCAUGUCGGCUGUAAAAACCAUCACCUCGGCCAGCUUUAGCAAUGGUGAUGGCAAUCCCUGCCCUCUGCCUGGUCCCCACUUCACCUCAGUCUCCAGUUCCUCCCCCAUGCCAGUCGUCUCCUCAGCAGGCUCUGAUCAUGUAGCAUCUUCAUCCGGCAGUAGCUGCAAUCCCUCCACCUCAACUACCACACACGAGCCCAAGAAGCCCAAUCUGUUUGUUUACCCCCUCUCCGCCUCCUCCUCUUCCAAUAUGCAACUUUCUCUCCCCAGCGGCCGUCAGUCUGACCCUCCACCCAAUCAGAAAUCUCUGGGUGACAUUUUUCAAAACCAGUGGGGUUUGUCAUUCAUCAACGAACCUAGCAGUGGUCCCGAAGGUCCGGCAUGCGGCUCGACGGCAAAGGACAAAACCGGUGAGGCGAGCUUACAGGGAGGCUCCACUGCUGCUGUGGCAACACAGACACACAGUGCCCCCCAGAGGCCAGAUCAGUCAGCUUUCGCAGACAAACGGACUAGCACUCAGAGCGUGAGUAAAGGAGGAAACCUAAACCUGUCUGUGGCCAUUGAAGGCUCACUUCACUCCUUGAACCUCGAGGUGGAUACACAAAAGGAUGACCCUGGGGUUUCUGGUGCAAUAGCGUUUUGCUCUUCCUCUAAGGAUAUUGGGGCAGAGCUACCAUGCAAGUUGUCUCUGCCCAGAGAGCAAAGCUACACUAAGGGCUUCGAGAGGAGGGCCAGCUGGGACUUUUUUGACCUUAAAGCUGCUGUAGUAUAUCACACUAAAGAAAUGGAAUCUAUUUUGAAUUUGCAAAAGCAAGAUCCAAAUCGCGUAGUGCUCUACAGUGAAUCUAAGAACAGUCCUGAUCAGUGAGGCUCAAUCUGGACAUGCCUCUCCACAGCCGGACUCCGCUAAGAAAAAGAUGUGCUUCAAGAUAUCCCGGUCGCAGCCUCCGACUCGGAACAAAGGCCGCUCUCGAGACGGAGCGUUUAAAGAGGCUGAGUGCAGACUGGAUAAAACGGGUUGGCUAAUAAUGGACAAGAAACGUGGACCUGGAGCCAAGACGCUCUGCCUCUAAACAGGACCUUUUUUUUUUUGUGUUUGUUUUUUUUAGGGAUGUUCACAAAUUCACAAAACUCAUAUAGUACGGCUUUUCUUCUAAAAGCUGAGACGGCAGACUUCAUCUUGCUGGAUGCCCGAGCGGAGGAAACGGCUCGCAUCGUGAAAGCACUACGCUCUCGUGUUCGAACACACUGAAAUCUUUUAGAGGGGCAUGAAAAGACAUGACAUAAAAACAAAACAACAAAAAAAAACACCCUCUAGUGACUAGGGGGUAAAAUCAUCGAUGAUGAGCUGUUCAAUGUUUCAGGGGACACAAAAAAUACACCGUUUAGGUCGAGCUGGCGCUUGCUAAGGCCUUGGAAUAAUUGUCUUAAUUUUUGCGAAAGAAUUUGGACGAGUCACGUUAUUGACUUUUGAUUUCUGCUUUUUUUUUGUUUGUUUGUUUGUUUUUUCGUUUGUUUUUUUGUUGUUGUUUUUUCAUUUCAGUUAUACUUUAGAAUAGAAUUGAAAUUCAAGGGUUUUCAGGGUGCACUUAAGCGUGAAUAGACUUGCAAACUGCUGUCCGCGUAGCUCCUUCGGAAAUUCCGCUAGUCUUUUUGUCUUCUUUUCACCUUCUCGUCCUGCCUCCGCACCUACGGCAGAGACAAAGAAACUGACCUUUUUUUUUUUCUGUCCUUUUCAUUUAAUAUUUUCCUUUUUGUUUUUUAAUCCUUAGCUGCCAGUGGACGAGUAGAUAAGAUAAGAUGCACCGCGAAUGUCAAAUUUGCUUCAUCGCCAGUUCUUUCUCAGUUUAUUUUCUUAGAGCUGGUCUGUUUUCUCUCUGUAUGUAUUUUUAUUUUAUUUUUGGUUUGUUUUUGCACAAGGAGCAGAAUCUGCUGUUGUGGUGUGAGUUGUGUUUUUAGGGCUACAAGGCCACCUUUUUAGCAUGACACGAUAAUAUGUUUGAUGCACACGAACAUGCACCCACCUUUUUUUUUUUUUUUUCUCCAACAAGCACCACUUUUUUUUUUUUUAAUGCAUACAUAGUUAAACAGAGCUCUGUUCUUUUUAUUGUCAAGGUUUAUCCUUUUAAAGCUGAGGCGAGGCUUCGAGCGCUCGGCCUUUCUGCAGCCUGAAGUUGUUCUUGUUCGUUCGUUCAUGCGUUCGUUUUCUUUAGCGACAGGAAGCAAAUAUUAAGAUUUAACUUUUUUUUUUUGUUUGUUUUUUUUUCUUUCCCCCGUCUAUUUUAUCUCAUCACAAGAUAAUUGUUUUCAUAUAUUCUAUAAUGAGUAGCACUUUAUGUAUUUUUAAAUCGUAUUAUCUCGACGGGACGUCAACAGGUCGGUGCGUAACGGAAACAGUAGCGAUGACAAAUAGGAUGCUAGUUUUUAACAAAGGACUCGAGGCCCUUGGAAAGGAGAAAAUACUUAAAAUAAAAAACAAAAAACAGGGAAUCAUUUUGCAAGGAGAACGAUAUGAGUUGAGGUGAAAGGAACCAACAGUGUUAUUGCCAAAAAAAAGGGUGACUGUUUGCUACGAUUUUUUUUUUUUUUUUUUGGUCUAGUUUAAAGCCAAGUGGAUCAUUUUAGCAUUGUGUUCUGUUUUCUCUCUGUCUAGUUUUUUGUUUUUUGUUUCUUUUUCUUUUCCUUUCCUUUUCUUUACAGGGUCAUAAACACUGCCAGCUCCAGAGGUGAACCAAAAAAAAAAAAAAACUAACUCAACAGCACUUUUCCUUGCAUUUCUUCGUCUUAGUCGCCGCUUUAUGUUUUUGAAGCGGUUCAUCCCUGGAUCUUUUCGCGACACAUUUCGCCUCGUCGGUCGGGUCAUUAACACGUUACGCUGUAAUCGAGAUUCAUUUCACUUCAAUUGCUUUUAAACACGCUGCUUUUUUUUUUUUUUGUUAAAUUGUUAUAACAGCCUGCUUUCUUUCUAUUGUUCAUUUCCGCUAUGCUGCACCUUCACUGCUUUUUCUCCUUGACUUCCUGACAGCGCUGUCAGAAAUCUCUUAGCAAACAGUGUUCGUAUCAGAUCACCCUAGAAAAGGUAGGUAUUAUUUGUUGUUUUUUUUUGCUUUUUUUUUUUUUUUUUUUUACGUCUUUCUUUUUUUUUUUUUAUUAGAGUAGUACAGAGCCCCAUAGGGAAGGGACCUUUUUUUCGCAAAAAAAACAAAACAAAAACAUAAAUAAAUAAAUGACUAACAACUUUAAGCAUAGACAAAUGCUAAAAACAAAAUCUUAUGAAACCAGAAAUUGUGAACAUUGUAUAUCAUUUUCUGCUUUCAUGAGAUGAUUAUUUAUUUUGAUUUUGUUUCUCUUGCUUGCACCAAUUACACAUUUUAUUAGGGGAAAUAAAGAUUUUGAUAUUAAUGGAAAAUUAUAAUGUUCAUGUUAAAUAAUUUUCCAUCUUUGUGUUUUUUGUUUGUUUGUUUUUCCCCCCUGAAAAAGAGAGAGUGCAUCAUGUAAUUACUGCUUGCUUUUUCAUUUUCUUUUAGGCAAAACAAAUCCUGAAGAUGAACAAUUUUUUUUCUCUUGCACAAAGAAUAUUUUCCAAUAUUUUUUUUUUGUUAUGUACUUUUUUUUUUUUUUUUGUAUUUUGUAUUUCAUUUGUUUGUGCAAAUCUCCCUUCAGGGGCUCUGUAGAGUUGGAGGUGUGCGCAGGACUUUUGAUUCGGAAUCGUUCCGAAAAAAGCGCAGGCGUUCUGAAACCCCUUGUGCCGUUUUUUUUUUUUUUAGAAAAAUCUCGAAUAUGAUUCUGAUCAUUUUAGAAUUAUUUUUUUUUUUUCUUCCGUUCUUUCGUCGCAGCUUCUCCACAGCACCACCCAGUGUUUUCUAACUGUUAACAAACGUUACACUGAAUUUCUUUCGGUUCCUGAUGCACACCUCUAGCUCGGUUAGUUGUGUAGAACCACAGCACACUUUAUUUUUUUUCUCUCUCUAACUCUUAAACUCGUGCUGCACGUCUUCUUUCUUUUUCUAACUACUUCUGGCUUGGAGCCGGAAGACUCGGCGGAUGCACGUGGCAGAACUCCGACGCACACAAAUCCUGUUUCCGUGAAACUCGCACGUCGAGUUUUUUAUUUGAUCCAUACGAAGCACUUAUUCCCUGUCGACUUCGGCGCUACUGGCUAUGUACACACCGGGAAUUCGAACGAUGCACAUUUAACCCAAACCCUCGAUUUCAAGCCCAUGCGUUUUAGUGAAGAAGUGCGAGAGCAGAGAGCAGGGAGAGAUCAGCAUACUGAAACUAGACUGUUUCUUCUGUACAUUGGAAACAUUUCUACAUCAAGCGUAUACAUUUUUCUACAACAUGUCACGUUUGUUGUGCUGUUCGGGCUGGUCUGUCUGUCUGUCCGUCCGUCUGUGUCUGUGUGUGUGUCUGAGCAUGUGUAUUCGUCUUCAUCUAACCGCUCGACGAAAGCUCAGUGUUGAGAACUUGCUGAUUCCUGAGUCCAGGCCACGCUGCCUGUGCUUUAAGAACAUUUACACUGAUCCCAUCAGGACAUGGAGGAAAAAAAACAAAACAAAAAAACCCCCUCUCUCUCUCUCUCUCUCUCUCUGUUCUCCUUCUCUCCAACACCUUUUAAGUUGUGCCAUGUUUUGACUGUUUAAAAAAAAGAAAAAAGUCUGAAUGAAUAUUUGGUUUUACGUGUCGCUCCGGCUGCAUUUCCUCCUACAGAAAUGAAGAGGAGGGCAACGUCCCGUUACAACAAUCUUCAUCACUGCUAAUAAACUCCAUGAAAAUCCAA